UUGGUUUUCUCGUAGCGCAGCCGGAGCCUGUGCUGGGAAAGUCCACAGAGCGUUGAUGCGCUGCUGCGAUCUGAACGCAGGGACACACCGAAAUAUUUCUUCCCCCAGCGGGCUCAUGACUCUGCCGUAGGAACAAGAGCUCUCCCCACAACGAUGGAGAAAGCUCCCUUCAAGCAGUCGCAGUCCUUCGGGGACUGGGAGCUGAAAGAGAGGCUGGGGAUCGGAGGCUUUGCCCAUGUUUACCUCUUCCAGCAAUCCGAAACGCAUGAAAAAAUAGCAGUGAAAAUGUGCCGUCUGGACCUCACACCAAGGAACAGGGACAGAUGGUGCAGAGAAAUACAGAUUAUGAAAAAGCUGCAUCAUAAUAAUGUUGUGACUGCAAAGGAAGUCCCCGAGGACAUUAACGUCAUUGCCUUAAAUGAGCUUCCCCUCCUGGCCAUGGAGUACUGCUCCAAAGGAGACCUGAGAAACGUGCUGAGCAAACCUGAAAACUGCUGCGGUCUGAAAGAAAGUGAAGUGCUUUCAUUACUCCAUGACGUCGGAAGUGGAAUUCAAUAUCUGCACGAAAACAAGAUCAUUCACAGGGACCUGAAGCCAGAAAACAUCGUUCUCCAAGACUGCGGUGGAAAGGUGGUUCAUAAAAUCAUUGACUUGGGUUAUGCCAAAGAUCUGGACCAGGGCAGUCUGUGCACUUCCUUUGUGGGAACUCUUCAGUACCUGGCUCCUGAGCUGUUUGACAACAAGCCAUACACGGUCGCUGUGGACUUCUGGAGCUUUGGAACGAUGGUUUUUGAAUGCUGCUGCGGUUUCCGUCCCUUUCUGCACAACUGGCAACCUGUGCAGUGGGCUGGCAUAGUGAAGAAUAAAGGUCCAAAAGACAUCAUGGCAAUAGAAGAUUCUAAUGGUGAAGUCAAGUUCUCAACACAUCUUGCUCAACCAAACAACCUAAGCAGGACGCUGGUGGAACCGCUGGAAAACGUCCUGCAGCUGAUGCUGAAGUGGAACCAGGAACAGAGAGGCGGUCCAGUGCAACGCGCCUCAAAGAGACCCAUGUGCUUUGAGAUGCUGGAUGACCUGCUGAAUAUGAGCGUCGUCCACAUCCUGAAUAUGACCACAGCUCAGGUCCUUUCCUUCAAACUGAGUCCAGACGAGAGUCUUCACAGUCUACAGAUGCGCAUCGAGGCCGAAACCAAAAUCGAAGUCGUCAACCAGGAGCUGCUGCAGGAGACGGGCGUCUCUCUGGACCCCAGGAAGCCGGCCAACCAGUGCGUCCCGUUGGAUGGAAUGCGAGGGUGGGAUGAGUACAUUGUGUACUUGUUUGAUAAGAGCAUCACCAACUACUCUGGUCCCCUAAACGCCAGACACCUGCCUGAAAGAGUCAACAACAUCGUCCAAGAUUCAAAAAAGUCGCUGCCUCUGGUUGAGUUGAAGAAAGUUUGGGGCGAAGCGGUGAACUACAUCUGUGGUCUGAAAGACGACUACAGCAGACUCUUCCAAGGCCAGAGAGCUGCCAUGCUGAGCCUCCUGCGCUACAACACCAACCUGACCCGCUGUAAAAACAGCAUGUUCGGCUUCUCUCAGCAGCUCAGGGCCAAGCUGGAUUUCUUUAAGAGUAGCAUCCAGUAUGACCUGGAAAAGUACAGCGACCAGAUGCACUAUGGGAUAUCGUCUGAGAAGAUGCUGAAAGCCUGGCAGGAAAAUGAAGAAAGAGCUGCUACCUUUGCACAGGUGGCAGAAGUGAGCCAUUUAGAUGACGAGAUCAUGGCUCUGCACUCCGAGAUUGUGGAGCUUCAGAGGAGCCCAUACGCUCGGCGACAAGGAGACAAGAUGGAGCAGCUAGAAGGAAAGGCAAUAGACCUCUACAUGCAGCUGAAAAGGACAUGCAAAGCUGCUGACUCGGAUGGCACCAGCGACAGCUCUGAAAUGGUGAAGGCCAUCAUCCAGACUGUCCAGAACCAGGACAAGGUCCUCAAAGAUCUGUACACCCACCUCAGCAAAAUCCUGACUAGCAAACAGAAGAUCAUUGACUUGUUUCCACGGAUUGAGAAGACUCUGGAGAGCAUCAAGGACGCGGACAACACCGUGAUGCAGAUGCAGAUCAAAAGACAGAAAGAGUUCUGGCAUUUACUCAAGAUUGCUUGUGCCCAGAACUCGUCUAGGAACUCCAUGGCAACCAGUCCCGAGUCGUCCCACCUGCUGCAGGUCUCCCAGUGGUCCCAGUCGGCUCAGCCGGUCAGCUCCCCUCACCCCCUGACCUCCCUGCCCGGACGCAACGACAGUGAUGGAGCGCCACGACUGCUGCAGGAGAACCAGAAGUACCUCAGUCAGCUGACCAAUCUGAUGCAAGAGGCCGCAGACGAACAAGCAAAGAGCAUAGUGGAGCAGGACUGGAGCUGGACAAAAUAUGAAACUUUAACAACAAAACUAAAAAAGCGAAAUGCAUAAUAAUGCCGCCUGCUGCCCCUCCUCCUGACGUUUGGACUCCAGCCCGUCGGCUUCCUGCGUUGUACAGCCGUAUGUGACUCGGGAAAUUCCUGUUCAGAAAACGAUUUCCUUCGUUUUGCUCGGUGGUGUCUGUCUUCUCCCAUCAUCCCACACGGUGGCCGGUUUGAGAAAUGAAUAUCCCCGUUUUCAUGCCCGAGAACAUCGACGUCGUGUCUGCUCUCCUCCUGGUCACGCUGCACAACAUCCCACCACACACCAUCGGUUCGUCUCCGCCGAUGCAUCGCUGAGCAAACUGGAGCGCCGGGUGCGUGGGCUCGUGUUGGCAGUGUCCAGAGGAAACAUGGGAUAGAAAAAAAAAACAGGAAAUGUUCUGGGCAGAGACCUGGGAGGGGACGGAUUGAAGAGGAGAUUAAAGCACUUUGAUACUCCCAUGUAGCCUCUCUGUGAAGACAAGCUGCCGAGACCAUGGCAGAAAUCACUGACACAACAGAACAGAAACCGUUAGUCUCUCUCCAUCAGUUUUUGUAUAUUUUACUAUCAAUGUUUUCGGGGGUUUACAUUACGUGUAUGUUUUUAAAAACUAGUAUUAUAUAUCCUAAGCAAAGGUGUUUUGUCAUAUGUGCCUCGUACAUGGCUGGCCAUUGUGUUUAUACAUUGUCUAUACUGUAAACGUCUUUUAGCUGCGGCAGAGAGGAGGUUUGAUGGACUGGAGGGUCUCUGCUGCAUUCACAUCAGAAACGGUUCAAUCGAUCAGAAGCUCCCAUUAGAAACAAACGGCAGGAGUUUGCAGAGCAGAACCUCCUACAACAGGGUCACUAAACUAAACACGAGACAAUCAAAGAUAAAUUGAGGAAAACCGAGCCACCAAAAUUUAGUUUGCUGGUUCGACUCCCUUCACAAGUUGUAUAAUCGCUGUGACAAAAUCAAGAGCCUUCAUCAAGAUAAUUCAUUUGAAAUCUGUUCUCGCUGAGCAUUUUCAUAGUUUAGAGUAACAAGUACUUUGAUUUUAAACCUUAUAAUAUAGAUCUGAUUUUAUUACUUUUAAAUCACAUUCUGAUCGCUACUGUAGAAAACAUUUAAUUGUUAUACUUUUGCAAUGACUGUAGAUUUCAGAUUGAGUUUUUUUUUCCUGAUGUGUAAUGUUUUUAGGUUUAGCAUCACUGUCACUACUGAAGGCCGAUCCUAAACCCGAGAUAUUAUUGGCAAACACGGCUCUCCAUAUCGGUUCUUUGGGAGCAGAAAGUGGGUUGGUUCACCAAGUAUUGUAAUCUGACACCAGUGGUUUUCCUCAACUGUUAGAUGAAAAUAAUCUGAAUGUGAUUUGUGACGUGGAUGUGAAAUGCACAUAGUGACCCAGAGCAGUAAACGGUUGAAUGUACUGGUUCUGGUGACUGUUUGGCUGCUUUGGGCCGGAGAGAAAUAACAGAGUUGUAUUUAUGGAGUUAAAGUGCAAUGGCUUUUCUUUUUGUUCAGUUUCGUAUUUAUGUAUCUCGAUUCGCUAUUUUUCUUUUUCCUUCAGAGUUGAAUAUUGUUUUCAUCUGCCGGUUUAAAUAGAUCUUUGUAUGUUAAGUUUUUGGAGAUUUCCUUGUAUGAAGAUGAAAUGUUGACCAGGUAAUAAAAAUAAUAAAUCACUUUGACACA